UUCCAUAUAUCAUGCACCAUGUGCCGGGUCCAACAAGACUAGUGUAGCUAGUCUGGUGCCCGAACCAUACAUAGAACCUAGAAUGUAAAAAAAAAACACGCGAAAAGCUAUGUAAAGUCUGAAAACGUCACCGUCCACUUUCCGCGCAGCCUAGCCGGCCAGGUGCGCAAACGCCGGGUAGAGGUGAGAUUGUUAACCGCCAUGGUAUCCCUGCCCCUUUGCGUUGUUGCCUUUGAGCCGUAUUUGAAAGAAAGCCUUCCCGACACCGUGUGGCAAUACUUCAGAUCGGGUGCUGAUGACGAGCAGACAAUGAAAGAUAAUCAGUUUGCUUUUCAAAGGUAUCGCCUCCGACCACGGUGUCUGAGAGACGUCUCUCAACGUAUCACUUCCACAAGCGUGUUAGGUCACUAUAUUGCAUUUCCAGUUGGAGUGUCUCCCGUGGCUGCCCACGGAUUUGCACACCCUGAUGGAGAAAUUGCGACAGCUAAAGGCGUCUGUAGCGUAGGCUCUGUCAUGAUCCACAGUAUGUGGUCCAAUAAGAGAUCAGAGGAUGUUGCCAGCACAGUGCAGCCGAACACACCACUGUUCCAUCAGCUCAACUUCCUUCGCGAUAGGUCACGGAUGAAAGAGGUGGUCAGAAAGGCCGAGGUAGCUGGCUACAGAGCACUGGUUGUAACUGUUGAUCAGCCCAUUAUCGGUAACACACGACCCGCGAAGGAAUCGUCUUUAGUUGUACCCUCACAUAUUUCGUUUCCGAACGCAUUACGCCCCGAUGAGUCCUUCUGUCCUCAGACAGCACAUGAAUUAUUUGAUGAUUCAGCAACUUGGGAUACUAUUUCAUGGCUGAAGGAAAUUACAUCACUCCCUAUCAUACUGAAGGGUAUACUCACUGCUGAAGAUGCAAAAGAGGCAGUGAAGCAUGGCGUUGCUGGUAUCCUGGUGUCAAACCACGGGGGCAGACAGCUGGAUGGAACACUGGCUACGAUCGACGCACUACCAGAGGUCGUCAACGCAGUGCGUGAUUCCAGUGUGGAGGUGUAUCUCGAUGGAGGGGUGCGUAAAGGCACAGAUGUCCUCAAAGCCCUUGCCUUGGGUGCAAGAGCCGUCUUCAUCGGUCGACCGGUCAUUUGGGGGCUUGCUUACGAUGGUGAGAAUGGUGUUAAGAAAGUCCUCGAGAUCCUGCGAGAGGAGUUCAGUUUGGCCAUGGCCCUCACUGGUUGUUCUUCUGUGGAUGAUAUAAAUCCAGAUAUGAUUGUGAGACUGCCACACGUAAACAACGAACUGCAUUGAAAAAUGUGUUCCAGUCACCACCUAGUCUAACGACGUCUUAAAUAUUAAUACUAAUACAAAAAGGUACAAAGAGAUUGUGACAUAAUAGUUUGACUUGUGAUCAGUAAUAAGACCUUGUUUCCAUAAUAUGUAUUGGAAUUUUCCCCAACUCAAGCAUUCACUCAUUUAGUAUUAUUAGUCAAUGUUAAAAAAAUACAGAAAUUUAGUUUCCACUGGUAUAUUACAAUCAAAAACUAAAAACUGGGUAAAUAAAAUAUUUAAAAAAUACAAAUGGUAAAAACCAGUCACAAACUGACACAAUACACCCUAAUGUCAAAAAGACCCCCCCCAAAAAAACCAAAAAAACAAAACCACAAAAAAAAACAUUAAAAUACUAAGCAUACGGUUACUAAAGACAUUCCUACAGCCUAACCUUUGGAGGAUAUUCCAGGAAGAGAUUUUUUAAAAAGAAACAGAAAGCAGUACGAACGCUGGAACCCCCAUAAACAACUCUUUUAAGACGCUACUGUGGGAUAAGCGCUUAGUAGACGAUAGAUUACAUAACAGUAACAAUGAAAACGUAAAUUUACCUUUUACAUUGCUAUUGAAAGCAUUGACGGCAUUCAGAAUGAAAGACUGUCUGAAACGACCACGAGUUGUCUUAGGAACACGCAGUCGAAUACCUGACUGGUUGUAGUUGAAACAAGCGUGAAGUGGGUGUGUGGGAUCAUGCACUAUACUAUGAAUAUUCAAAAGAAUGCGUUUCUCAUACUAACUACAAAUAGAAGGAAGAUCUGUUUGGAUUACUCGUGCAAUUUUCCUAGAUCUUUCAAGCUUGUUAAUGCUUUCUUGUGAUAGGUUGCCAAAGGUACACAAAAAUUUAACGUAAGAACGUUCUGUAGUACCGACUGAUUAAGGAGAACCAUGAUUUUGUUGUCCACUCAGAACUCCCUAAGUUUCCUUAGGAAGUACAGCCUUUGGCUCGCCUUACCAGAUACAAUUUGGGAGUUUUUUCUUCCAAUUCAACCUCUCGUUGAUCACAGUUCCUAAGUACUUGUAUUCAGAUACCUGUUUCUAUGCCAUGGUCGUGAAUAUUUGACGCAAUAUGGGGGUUUGAAGAUUGAGACCGGCGGAAAUCAAAAGCCAUUUCUUUGGUUUUGUUUACAUUCAGAACCAGGUGAUGGCUAUUGCAUACCAAUUUAAAAACUGUUCGACUUGCUCAAAGUAAGCCUCUGCGUUAUCCUGCAAAAAGCCACUUAUAACAAUGUCAUCUGCGUACUUAACAAUCGCACAGUUUGAAUCACAGACUCGGCCGGCAAUCACUAGUAUACAUUGAAAACAAAACUGGUGAGAUCACACACCCUUGAGGUGCUCCUAGACUCAAAGACCUGACUCUUGAAGUAACAUUAUUGCACUUAACCCACUUUGGUCUGUCAACAAAAAAAUCAAGAAUAACCAAGGCAGGUUUAGAUGAAACAUUCAGUUUGAGUAACUUAUCAAUUAACCGAUGAGGAACGUUAGUAUUAAAUGCACUUGAAAAAUUGAUGAAGACCAACCGCACAUACGACAUUGGGGUCUCCAAGUGUUGAUAAAGGUUAAAAAGGAAGACAAUCAAGUACAACGUCUUCAACACCUUUGUUGAUGCCAUAUACCCAUUUCUUAGACAGGUUAAUUAAAUUAUAGUAAUUCCUGGUCAGAGCUUUACGCAUAGUUUAGUGCUUUGAUAGGAUAGUAAUGUUAGUUAUUCUGGAGUUCGAAGAAGACAUCGGAAAUUCCAAUAUAAACAACCCUUUUAUAAAUAGGAAGGAAGAAGCCCCACUGUCCUACCUCAUCUGUAGUUCUCAGUAAACAUGGGCGUUUCACAAUAGUGCGCCUCCAUGAGUUUGCAACGCGUUGGCCAAUCAUAAUGCGCGAAAUUU